ACUCGUUUAAUAUGCGAUUUAUCCCAAGAACUACGGAUGUGCUAUCGGAAACGAUUGCGACGGAUUCGCUGGUGUGAGAAACAGCACAACACUGCUCCAAAUGAUAUCGAAUCAACCGUGGUCGGCGAAAGCUCGCGGACUGUGCAGGAAUCACGACUCCUGAAACGGAUUCGUGAACUGGACCAGUUACUGUUCGAGCUGGGAAAGAAUGAGAGUUCCAUAUCUGUGCCGAAUGUGGUCAAUUGGACAAACACAUAUGCGCAUGGGGACGACAAUCAGGAGAAAAAUAUAGUACCGGGAGAUGAGGCAGGUAGUGAUAAUGUCGAGGAGGACAGCGACGAUGAUAGAGAUUAUGACUAUGAGGAUGAGAAUAACUUAGCCGAAACCGAUGACGAUCACACGGCCUCGUUUGAGUGUUCUUCAGACGAAGCCAUCAACACGGAAUCGAUCAAACUUGAAAUAGCCGGAAUUCAUGAAGGAAAUUCGAAAGAAAAUUCUCGAGCAAAACGUGGUACACAUCAUCAUAUGUCUUGUUCUUCGAGUCUAAUUUGA